UGAGCCAAACCGAUCAGGGCCCAUCUUUUCUUUUGGCGAUUCCUUCCAGAACAUGCUCCCAGGAGUUGGUGGCACAUUGUCCUUAGCAGGGGGCCUACAUUCUUGCUAGGAGAAAUCUGAAGGGUGGGCAGUGCUCCCAGCAUUGGUAGAUUCUGGAGGCACGCGUCCUCUAGGGGACGAGGCAAGGCGCCUUCCGAAGGCCCCGCCUCCAGCCCCAGGGCAUCGCCCUGUGAACUGCGUUUCCCAGAAGCCUCUGCGACAACGCUCCUUAGGGCCUUGAAGAGUGGCACGCCGGCGAGGUGAGCCGCUUCCAUCUUCGCGGAUUCCCGGGUUCUGGACUACAUUUCCCAGAGGCCCCCGAGGCGCGGCUUCAUUAGGAGCGCUCCGCGUUGCAUUCUGGGAGACGCGUCCCCAGCGCACAGGGUUUUUUUUAGGCUCCGGCUUCCCUGGAUGCCAUCCAGCGUUCACCUCAGCCCUUGCGCCCCCUCCCGACGCCCUGUGGGCCGUUGGGUCCCACGCGGCCAGCCAUCCUGCAUCGUCACGCGUCUUAAAAUCAAGGUUCUGGAUCCCAUCCAGGAGACCACGAUACAGUUUGUUGUCAUGUCUCCUUAGGCUCCUCUUGGCUCUGACAGUUUCUCAGACUCCCCCUGUUUCUGAUGACCUUGAAGACGUAAGAGGUGCUGAUCAGGCAUUUGGCGGGGUGUUCCUGCGCUGGAAUCUGAUGUUUGUCUCACGUUUAGAUGAGCUCCGCCUUCUCCAGAGUCGGUCUGCGGUGAAGGAAGCCCUUAGACAGCUCAUCGGGUCCUGAUUCUGAAACUAUGGCCCACGGUCCCGUGACGUUCUCAGACGUGGCCAUCGACUUCUCCCAGGAGGAGUGGGCCUGCCUGGACUCCACGCAGAGGGACCUGUACUGGGACGUGAUGUUGGAGAACUACAGUAACUUGGUCUCACUGGAUUUGGAGUCACCCCAUGAGACCAAGAACUUACCUACAGAAAAGGGCAUCUGUGAGAUGCGUUUCUCCAAGUGGAACUCGGACGGGAAAAGCAAGUCCCUCGGCCUUGACUGGGUGUGUGAAGGUGAGUUAGUAGGGGCGCGGGGCCCUCCAGGGGGGUAUCUCAACCGAAGGAAAACCAGCCGUGCGAAAGCGCCCGCCGGGGAGGAGGCCUCGGUCAGGCCGCCCCAGAGACCUCCUCGCAGGGAGAACGCCUAUGAGUGCCAGGAGUGCGGGAAGGCCUUCAGCCGUGGCUACCAGCUGACUCAGCAUCAGAAAAUCCACACGGGCGAGAAGCCCUACCAGUGUAAAGAGUGUAAGAAGGCCUUUCGCUGGGGUAACCAGCUGACUCAGCACCGGAAAAUUCACACCGGCGAGAAGCCUUAUGAGUGUAAGGACUGCGGGAAGGCCUUCCGCUGGGGCUCGAGCCUCGUCAUCCACAAGAGGAUUCACACGGGCGAGAAGCCCUACGAGUGUAAGGACUGCGGGAAGGCCUUCCGCCGCGGCGACGAACUCACGCAGCACCAGAGGUUCCACACGGGCGAGAAGGACUAUGAGUGCGAGGACUGUGGCAAGACCUUCAGCCGCGUGUACAAGCUCAUUCAGCACAAGCGGAUUCACAGCGGCGAGAAGCCCUACGAGUGUAAGGACUGCGGGAAGGCCUUCAUCUGCGGCUCCAGCCUGGCUCAGCACAAACGGAUUCACACGGGCGAGAAGCCCUACGAAUGUCAAGAAUGCGGGAAGGCCUUUACCCGUGUCAAUUACCUUACUCAGCAUCAGAAAAUUCACACUGGUGAGAAGCCUCAUGAAUGCAAGGAGUGUGGGAAGGCCUUCCGCUGGGGUUCCAGCCUCGUGAAACACCAGAGAAUCCAUACGGGGGAGAAGCCAUACAAGUGCACGGAAUGUGGGAAGGCCUUCAACUGUGGCUAUCACCUGACCCAGCACGAGAGAAUCCACACUGGCGAGACGCCUUACAAAUGUAAGGAGUGCGGGAAGGCCUUUAUUUAUGGGUCCAGCCUGGUGAAACACGAGCGGAUUCAUACCGGAGAGAAGCCCUACGAGUGCAAAGAGUGUGGGAAAGCCUUUAGCCACGGCCACCAACUCACACAGCAUCAGAGAGUGCACAGCAGUGCGAAGCCCCACGAGUGUCAGGACUGUGGAGAGGCGUGUGGCCACGCACACCAUUACAGAGGACACCAGGGGCUCCACGCCGCGGGCAAACCUUUCGAAGACAAAGAAUGUUCAGAGGCCUCUAGACAGCACUCGUUUCUUCCACAACACGAGGCAAAUUCGUGAUACGAUUUAACAUAAGGAAGUCGUCACCGGCCACUCUCCUUCCAGAAUCUCAGGAUAGUCCUGCGAGAGGCAGGUUUGGAGACGAGAAGUCACUUUUCCUCCCCGAUUACAACAUACACAGUGUAGACAGUUUGUUUACUGGAUGGGUUAAUGGACGCAUAGAAGGUUCCCAGGACCUUUUGAUUUCAUUUCAGAUUCAUUCUGGGGGAUAACUGCUGAUGUAACAUACGUGCAAUAGCCUUUCCUCGCCACAGCUGUCAUCCUCAGCCCCCCCUUACUGUGCCUCGGGGGAAAUGACCUUUAACCCCUGUGCGGAUCUGUGAAAUCAGGACAGCCACCUGAUACUGCCCGUGGGCCAUUAGACAAGUCUGGUAUGUGGAACUCCCUGCAAGUGUAUCUGGAAUAUUGUGCAAACUCAAUAAACAUUGGCUGCGUUUCUGUCGUCAUUACCCUC